UGGGUGCUGCCGGGGUUGGCGGCGCGGAGGGGGCGCCCGCAGCUGGCGGCGGCGCGGGCCCGGGCGCUCGGCUCGCGGCGGGGGCGAAGGUGAGGACCGGCACGCGGAGGGCGGGCGCUGCUCGCGGCGCCGGGCCGCGUCCCCCGUCCGCGGUCGCCCUGUCACCCAGCCCGCGUCCCCGCCGCCGGGAGCUCGGGGGGACCGGGCGGCGGCGCGGCUGCUGGCGGCGGCUGGCUGGAUGCGAGACCUGCGCGGACCCGGCGGCGGACGGCGGCUCUCGACUCGGGGAAGCCGAACGCGCUGGCCAUGGCCUCCAACUUUAACGACAUAGUCAAGCAGGGCUACGUGAAAAUCCGCAGCAGGAAGCUGGGGAUUUUCCGACGAUGCUGGUUGGUUUUCAAGAAGGCUUCUAGUAAAGGACCGAGAAGGCUAGAAAAAUUUCCAGAUGAAAAGGCAGCAUAUUUCAGAAACUUUCAUAAGGUAACUGAACUGCACAACAUCAAAAAUAUAACCAGACUGCCUCGAGAGACAAAGAAGCAUGCAGUGGCAAUUAUCUUUCACGAUGAAACGUCAAAGACAUUUGCCUGUGAGUCAGAGCUGGAGGCGGAGGAGUGGUGCAAACAUCUCUGCAUGGAGUGUCUGGGGACCAGGCUGAACGACAUCAGCCUUGGGGAGCCCGAUCUCCUGGCGGCAGGAGUGCAGCGGGAACAGAAUGAGCGAUUCAAUGUGUAUCUUAUGCCUACACCAAAUCUGGAUAUUUAUGGCGAAUGCACAAUGCAGAUCACUCAUGAGAAUAUCUAUCUCUGGGAUAUCCACAAUGCCAAAGUCAAACUGGUGAUGUGGCCUCUCAGCUCGCUGAGGAGAUACGGGCGGGACUCAACGUGGUUCACGUUUGAGUCAGGAAGAAUGUGUGACACAGGAGAAGGACUAUUCACUUUUCAAACAAGGGAAGGAGAAAUGAUCUAUCAGAAGGUCCAUUCUGCGACACUGGCCAUAGCUGAGCAACAUGAAAGAUUAAUGCUAGAAAUGGAGCAGAAGGCCCGGCUUCAGACAAGUUUGACUGAACCAAUGACAUUAUCCAAGUCAAUAUCUCUUCCUCGUAGUGCAUACUGGCACCACAUCACUCGUCAGAACAGCGUUGGAGAAAUCUACGGUUUGCAAGGUCAUGGGUUUGGUUCAUCGAAGAUGUCGCGUGCACAGACAUUUCCCAGCUACACCUCGGAGCAGAGCGAAGAGACUCAGCAGUCCUUGUCUCGGUCAAGCAGCUAUGGAUUCAGCUACAGCUCCAGCCUCAUUCAAUGACACACAGAGAGCCACUGCUGACCAGAAAGACUGUCUGUCCCAGACCUGCUUGGAGGGUCAUUGUACCCUCUGCCUCCUGGAAGACCAAUUGCAGUAAAAAUUGAAAUGGGUCGAGUCUAGCCCCAAUCCCAGUAGAAGGUUAAAAACUGGAGUUCUGCUUCCUUGAUUCUGUGGCUAAGUCCUUUAUUUAUUGAAUUC